CUCUCACAGCUGCUCGGUAUUCAGUCCCUUUUGGUAAUUUUUCGCAUUACUUUGUUUUUAAUCCGACAAACUUUCCUGGCUGCUACCGGACAUGUCGGCCGGCGGCAGCUCUUUGUUCUCCGGGUUCCGGGUCCUUGGACUUUACGCCAACCACGUGCCGCACGCGCUGCGCUACCACAAGAAACACCGCGAGUUUUACCUGGUGACGGCGGCGGGAAAACGUCUGCACACGCACAACGUGAACAGGCUGGGCAUCGUGGCUGUGAGUAACAGCCUGUCAGAAGACAUCACAUGCAUUGCAGCAGACAGGAUGUUGGUGUUUGCCGCCGCUGGCCGUGUCAUCAGUGCCUUCGCCAGAAACAAAGAGGUGGUGAUGCAGUACCACGGACACAGACAGGAUGUUCGGCUGCUGCUUCCUCUUGGUGAUCAGCUGAUCUCUGCUGACAGCAGUGGUGAUGUCAUCGUGUGGGACGUCCAGGGCGGUGACAUCUAUCUGCGACUGCAGUUUGACCCUGUGACCUUUGACCUGUCAGCCAUGAUGCAUCCCAGCACCUACCUGAACAAGGUGCUGCUGGGAAGUUCCCAGGGUGCACUGCAGCUCUGGAACAUCAAGACUAGUAAGAUGCUGUACACGUUCCCUGGUUGGGCAGCAGGGGUCACUAUUCUGCAGCAGAGUCCAGCAGUGGACGUAGUUGGUGUUGGCAUGGCAACAGGUCGCAUUGUCAUUCAUAACAUCCGAUUGGAUGAGACGCUCAUGAGCUUCACUCAGGAGUGGGGACCAAUCAGCUCGCUGGCCUUCCGAACAGAUGGUCCUCCUGUCAUGGCGUCCGGGAGUCCACAAGGCCACAUUGCAUUCUGGGAUCUUGAGCGUCGCCAGCUUGUUGCCCAGCAGAGAGAUGCCCACAGAACAGCCAUCAGUGCGGCAACCUUCCUACAUGGGGAACCACUGUUGGUCACCAGUGGAGCCGACAAUGCUAUCAAGGUGUGGAUAUUUGAUCAGGAGGGGGGUGGAGCUAGGUUACUGCGGAGUCGACAGGGCCACAGUGCCCCACCCACCACAAUCCGUCACCAUGGGAACGAUGGAAAAAACAUCCUCAGUGCAGGACAGGACGGGACGCUACAGUCGUUCUCCACUGUGCAUGAGCGUUUCAACAAGAACCUGGGUCACGGUUCCAUUAACAAGAAGAAAGAGCGGAAGAAGAAGAAAGGGCUGCGGUAUGAGGAGCUGAGACUUCCUGCUAUUACAGGUUUCUCCUCUGCUGCUGCCCGUCAGUCAGACUGGGACAGCAUUGUCGCGUGUCAUCGUGGUCGCCUAGCAACUACCACCUGGAACUACCAGCAGUGCACUAUGGGCAAUCACCAUUUGCUACCACCUGGAACCCACGGUGAUGCCAUAGCAACGGCCGUCGACAUUACUUCCUGUGGUAAUUUUACAGUGAUUGGUUUGUCGAGCGGGCGGGUUGACACGUAUAACCUGCAGUCUGGUCUGCAUCGCGGUUGCUACGGUGACAAUGAGAAAGCGCACAGUGGCCAGGUACGAGGCGUGGCGGUCGAUGCACUGAACCAGGUGAUGCUGUCCACGGGAUCUGAUAGGCUUCUGAAAUUUUGGCGUUUCAAGACCAAGAAACAGGAAGAGGAGCUGCAACUGAAUGCAUCACCAGCUAGCAUGUUGCUGCACAGAGACAGUGGUAUGCUAGCAUUAGCGCUUGAUGACUUCACCUUUGUGGUCGACACUGAAACGCGACGAAUCGUGAGGAAAUUUGCUGGUCACCAAGGCAACAUCAAUGACAUGACUUUCAGCCCAGAUGGCCGUUGGCUGGUUACAGUGGGGAUGGACUGCACCAUCCGGACCUGGGAUCUUCCAUCUGGAUGCCUUGUUGAUUGCUUCCUGGUUUCCAUGGCACCGGUGGCGGCAUCUAUGUCGCCAACAGGAGACUUCCUAGCGACAGCACACGUGGACAGCGUGGGGAUCCACCUCUGGACCAAUCAGAGCCUGUGUGGCCCGGUGGGGCUCCGCCCACUUCCCUCAGACUAUCAGGCAGCUGAGGAGAUGUUGCCAGGCGUUGCAGCAGAUGAACUGGAACAGGAUGUGACAUCAGAGGAGAUGGAUGAUGACUAUGAGACGGCGGAGCAGUUGGGGCUGAAGCUGGUGACGUUGUCGUUGCUGCCGGAGUCUCGCUGGAAGAGUCUGCUGCACCUGGAUAUCAUCAAGAAAAGGAACAAACCUGUAGCACCCCCUGUGGCGCCUGCCGCUGCACCUUUUUUCCUGCCCACUCUGCCUGGUGUGGCGCCACGCUUCCUGUUACCCAUGGCAACCAAUCAGGAGCAACAGUCAAAGGUGCUGCAUUUGAACUCAUUGGAUCAGAGGUCAGAGUUCAGCUCGGCUCUGGAAGUAGCUGCUCAGUCAGGGUCAUUUGAACGCUCGCUGCAUAUCUUGAAAGACUGCGGUCCAUCAGCGAUCUACGUGGAGUUUGCUGCUCUUGCAGCCGAAGGAGGAGGAGCCAACAGCCUUCUGCGAGCCUUCAUCCAAAUGAUUGACAACAUGUUGACCACUGGGCGGGACUUUGAUUUGGCACACGCUUACCUGGCGCUUUUCCUAAAGCUUCAUCUUCACGCCUUGUCUCAAGAUGCUAUUGCCAUGGAGGCAUUGCUCCGUCUUUCCUCACGGCUGGAGUCAGGCUGGGCAGAGCUAAGGGCAUCAUUUGACCAAUCGCUGUGCCUGCUGGCGUACAGCAAGAGCGCGUUGUUGUGAUGGUGAACACACAUUUGUAAUGUUUUUCCUAUUCAGAGACACUCAGUCUUAUUUUUGCUGUUAUAAAUGACUGAAACUUGAACAAAGUUUUUUUUUUUUUUUCCUAACCUUGAAGAUAAAACAGACUUCGGAUCUGGAUUCAGCUUGACUGGAGGCACCUAAAACCAGUCAAUGAAUUCAUCACUUAAAUAGAACUGUUUCAAUAGCGUGAAACCCACAAGAACAGCUGAGCAAGAAGGUGA